AUGGAUCUCAACGCGACGACAUCAACCAUUGCCGACCUGGACGAAAGCGAAGUCCAGAUGCUGGCUCAAAUGAGCUUGGCUGAGGACGAGGACGCCACGAAACCACAGGCACAAGCCCAUGUCGUAGACAACGAGCCUGAAUUAGUUGAGACCAGCUCAUCAAGGCCCAGAUCUAGCUCAGUGCCUCAUCCGCCUAAGACUCUGUGGUCUUCAUUUCUCACUUUGAGUCCAUCCCUACUCGAGCCACGCCCGUAUCGUUAUAAACCCCUGCUCAGUAAAGGUGACUUUCGCCUUCUCAGCAUCUCCAGGUCCGGUGUCGGCAAGCAGCUCUACUUCCAGAUGACCCGCCAAAGAAUGGACGAUUGCCCUCGUUACGAAGCCAUCUCAUACACUUGGGGAAGCACAGAUCGGACCCAGAAGAUCUUCCACGCCUUCACCGGGGAAGUCCUUUAUAUCACGAACAACUGCGCAUCUGCAUUGAACAGUCUCUAUACCGACAGCGAACGACGGCUCUGGAUAGAUGCUAUCUGCAUCAAUCAAAACGACAUAGAGGAACGGAGCUUGCAGGUGUCGAUGAUGGCGGACAUCUUUCGCAACGCAUCCAGAACAAUUGCCUACAUUGGAGAAUCAGACGAGGCUACAGAGUAUCUCGUAUGGCGUACGACUCGUCGCCGUGGGGGUUCUGACGACUUUAGAAACAAGAACCUCUACGAAUCCAACCGAGGCCAUCUCCCCUCCUCAAGUUCGAGGGACUACGAGUUCCACCAGGUCAAGGCAGCGGCGAGCCGAUCAUGGUUUUCCAGAUCUUGGGUCGUCCAGGAAGUUCUCCUCUCAAGAAAUCUUGUUAUGCAAGCCGGUACAGAUGUCAUGGAUUUUACUGGAAUAUGUGCGAUUCUCCAAAGGCAUGCGAAAAACCCUGAAAGGGCGGUGCCCGGCAUUACGAAUACUUUUCUUCGCUAUGGUAGUGAAGAGCAGGUCCAGACUCGCCAUCACAAGCGCUUCGCUGGUUGGGCCGCGCUCGAUGAUGUCCGUCUUCUUUCUCCGGGAAUUCCAUCGAAAAGAUACCUCAGGUACUGGCAGCUUUUCAACUUGCUGUUCGAGACAGCUCCCUACCAGUGUCGAGACGCCCGGGACAAGCUGUUCGCCUUGAUUUCCCUCUUUGACGGUGACCCUCCAGAGGAACUAAGACCAGACUAUUCUCUCGAUGUGGGAGAAGUAUACGCCAAUAUCAGCAGGUACUUCAUAGCUUCUGAAGGCAUUACACUAGGACUUUCUGCGGCAAAGGGCGUGCAUUCUGCAGGCGACAUUCCCUCCUGGGCGAUUGAUUGGCGAGAUGAGCCUUCCUUGGACGCACUUCUCCGCAGCGACUUGGGCGAUCGGGCGCAGUACAGUGCAGGCUUCGUACCUACAGGUCGUCUUUCCGGUUCCACGCUCCACACGACUAUUCCUGCUGUCCCUUCAAAAGGCCCCGUCCUCCGACUGCGUGGCCUUCGAGCAGGUGUAUUCUCCAGUACAGCUACUUUGAUGCCGAGGCUGAAGAUAGACUGGUUGUGCCAUCACGACCAUGGAGAAGAGCCAACACCUUAUGAGAACUGGCGCUUCCCGGACGCUACACAAGUGGGCGACAUGGUAGCUGUCUUCCUGGGCUUUGAGGUCCCUUUCGUGUUUCACAAAGCCGCCAACGGCUGGCUCCUCGUGGGCGAAUGCGAUAUCGAAGAGAUCAUGUACGGACAGGCUCUGACCGCGUUGUCUCUGAUGCGUGACCAGAUCGAUGCAGACGUGCCGCCUUCGCCGCUUGAGGACUUUGACAUUGUGUGA